GCACGGUCUCACUGGAUCUCAAAAUCUGGCGCAAACCAACAAAAAAAGGAAGCGUCGCAAUUAAACUAGUUAAAUGUGACUAUUCCCUUUGAAAAAAUGUCUACUGAUAUAGCCACCCAGCUGAAGGGCAGCCGCUCCGAUGUGGAAAAAGUCCGUAAAACGGUGGAAGCCAAAUUCCGGGAGUUGUCUGGCGAUGGACUACCUUUGAGAUACGAAGUGAAUGUAUUGCGCCAUAUUUGCCUCGCCUUAAAGGAUAAUCUGCACCAGAACUCGGAUCUUUACUGCGACAUCAUGGGCAUAAUGCUGCCACGCGUAGUCCCCUGCGAGGAGAAGCCAAGCUUAUGGGAGGCGCACUUGUCUAGCCUGCGGUACAUACAUCAUGGCUUGUGCCAUCAGCGAUCCAUGGAAGCCUGCCAGAAGCUGUACAACCUCAUUCGAACACAACCCUGCCGUCUGCAAGUGGAAUCGGACUACAAAAUAUACCUGGACAUACAUUUGACCCACUUCAAUGGUCUCCAUGUGCUGCUGCAGAAGCAAAAACUCCCCUUGGAAGCUACAAGUCACUUGUGUUAUGCUUUGGAAUCAUUAGGAGAUCUUUUCACAGCCAUGACGCAAAGAAAAAUAAGUCUGUGCGCACCGCUUCUAGUUCAACUAAACGAGAGUUUAUUUGGCAAAAGAAGUAGAUCGUUCUUCAAGUCGCUGAGCUUCCUGCCGUCGGAGAGUCUUGCCAAGAUGUUCAACCCGCUGCUUAUCCUCCUGGCCAGCAGCACCAGUUCAAACCUGGCCGACUUAUUCCCUGAGUACCUCAGUCUCACGUUGGCUCUCGUACAAAUCGACAUGUUUAGUCCACAGUCCAAUCAGCAGAUGUCAUUGCAGCUGCUGCGCAUGUGCAAGGAACUAUUUCGCCAGGAAUCAAACCUCUGCUAUGCCCUACAACUGAUGUACUACUAUAUCAAGUUAAUAUAUGUUCGGGAACCCACAGUCGACUUUAAGCGCACCUACAUUGACUUGUCAAGCAAGUUUCAGCACUUCUUCGAGCACAAAGUAGCCUCGCACGCCAAAGAACAGUGGCUAGCUGAUUUUCUAGUGGCUUUUCAAUUGCUACAGGUGCUCAUCCAUCAAAGUAGCAGUAAGUUGCAGAGUCAUUUUCAGGUAUUUUGGCAGCAGUUCGACGGAGAGAGCAGUCCGGAGAUCUACACAGCGCACUUUCAGUUGCUUCACACGUGUGCUAGCUUGGCGGUUAAUGUUACGAGGAGUCCUUUGGGCUGCAGUUGCUCCCACGAGGCAUGCAAGAGCGUGCGGCGGCACUGCAUCUUGGCGUAUGGAUUGUGUGCAUUAGAUGCGUAUAUUAAUUGGAAACCGGCGGCGGAGCAAAGAGCAAAUGUGAGCCCUCACAAGCCCUUAGUGGGAGUAGUCAAAUACUCCAUGGAUGUGGCUAAGACCAUGAAGUGCUUGGGUCCCACCAGUGUGGAGCUCAUCAAGCUAGUGCGCCAGCUGACAUACGUGGCUGAUCAGGUCACCUGUCCGGAGCAAAUGUCCGUGCUGCUGCCGCUUUUGGAGCAACUGCAGAAGCUGCGACCUUUGGUUGCCGACCAGGAUAUGAGCAGUUUACUCCGACGCCUCUUCAAGGCCAGCUCCCAUUGCGGGGAUCCCAAUUUGGCAUGUCGAAUCCAAGCUAGUUAUUUGGCCUCGAUUACGAAUCCCGCACGAUUGAGAUCACAGAUCUGUUUGUACUACCACAAUCUGGGAAAAAAGGGCACCGAGAUCAGUAGGUGUGUCUACGAGUGGCACGAGUCCACGCCACUGCCUUUUCCUCUCACUCCGGCACAGAAAAAACAGCUGUACGAUACCGAUUUCUUUGCUGUACUACAUUAUUUGAGGAGUCCUUCUACGGCUCAUAUGGAAUCACUACUUCGUUGCCGAACGAGUGACUAUCAUCUGGUGCUCAUGGCCAGACAAAUGCGAAAGGAUGCCUCGAUUUCUAAGAAGUGCAUGGAGGUUCAUGAUAAGCUAAAGCAACAACGUUCGCUCAAUCGAAUGGAUAAUUUGUGCCUGGGCCACGCAAGUGUGGGACUACUACUGGACGCACUUGAGGCUCAAAAAACCAAAGUUUGCACCAAGGAGAUAACGGAAAAUAUGUUCGAAGAGCUGCUACUCAGACAGAAUCUAUGGCAGAUGAACAUACAAAGGGAGCAGCGAUUGGUCAACUAUGCUAGUGAAGCCAUCUCGGCAUUCAGCAACUUCUUCAAUCGAGCAGAUCAAGAGCCAUUGGGAACCAAUGAAACCUCUAUUGAUUGGGAGGCAUUGAUUGACGAUGCCAUCGCUGCUGCCAAUGCACUUUCGAGUAUGGGGUAUCAGUCACAAGAGGAUGAUGCCUGGCUGCUGCUUCUGAGAAUGGCUCACUGGCUGGAGGAUCGUUUCACCUAUCUCCGUGCCCUAAAUCAUUUUCUGUCUCAGAAUGAGGUUAGUUCUCGUUUAAACCUGAAACUCGGCGAGGAAGUUGAAGUAGCAGAGGAAUUGCUGGAUGAUUUGUGGCCUCAACUGAAAAAUGGGAAAUUCUUCAAGCGUCAGCAAACUACGGCAAUGCUCUGCUUUUGUCACCUCGCCAGUUACUAUGCCAGAAUGGAAUGCCAUAGUCAUGCCCAGUUGCUUCUAUUGCAUGUGGAACAACUUCGCGAUGAGUUUCCUGAGAGACAAGGAAAAAGUGAUAUUGUAUUGCUGACACUGCAAACAGUGCGCUUUCGACUUGGGUAUCAGCAAAGGAAGCCAACGAAUUGCAAGCUGCCGACUCCCCUGCGGCAAUUGGACAUUCUCCUGGACAAUGUGCGAAGUUUUUGCAACCUAUCCAGUUUAGAUGGUGGCUCAUUGCAGCUGCUUCUUUCUACUCUUGUCCGGGAAAGCACCGAGUGCUCUGCGAACAGAUUAAGCGAAAAACUAUCCUUCUCCAACAUUGCACUACAUUUGGUACUCCAAUCUGGCUUGGCUUUGAGAACCAUAGAGGUAUUCCUUGCAUGGUUAUGGACCAAUUUGCAAAUGGAAAAUUUCGACAAGGCACAAUCGAAGUUGAGACUCAUCGAGCAUUGUUUGGGUAUAAAACAGCUGAAUCCAACGAGUAGGCCGGCAAAGGAAGCGAUUAAGGAUGUAGCAAUUAGUGAUCUGACUAGCAAUAUGCACCUCCUCCAGUUGGUGGAGCCGAUCAGAAAGCAGCAGCAAUUAAAUAUGGCCUCGCCGAAUUUGCUCAGCAUGCGACCACAUAGCCCCAAUCCCCAACUGGACUUGGAUCGCUACAUAACACUCGAUGUGGCGCCUGCGGCUCUUCGAGAGAAUUCCCAGCUGCAAUGCUUGUACUUUGUAACGGGCUGUCUACAUGCACGUCUCCGCUUUCUUCAGAGAAAUAGCGAGCAAUUGGAAGAAUUCUAUGGAAGAGCGCAUAGUUUGAUGCAAGAAAAGCCUCCGAUGAGUAGCGCUAUGUAUCCCAUGUUGCAUGCCCAGCAGCUGUAUCAUCUGAACUAUCUUCGCUUUACGCGAAAGCAUGUAGAGGCUAUAUCAACGGCUCAAUUGAGCCUUAAAACACGACCACGCGCAGUCGACAUUAACUUCGAGUACAACUUUUUGGCUCAGCUAAAGACGGCUCAAUUAGAGCUCAAACCCGUGAGCCAGGAUAAGCCGAAGGUCAAAACCCUUCGACGGGCUUUGGUAUUCAAUCAGUCACCCGAUGACAAGAAACGAACCGCAACAGGAUCGGUUUCAGCCGUGAAGAAUACGGCGUCUAAAGUUAAACAGUCGGCCAAAAAGGCACCUCGAUUCAGAAUCUACGAGGAGCUGGAACUUCGACCACCAAGUGCUACCAGUUGCAGUAGCGGUGGCAGCGGCACAGAGAACACACCGCCUUCGGAUCACGUGGAUCUAAAUGCCUGCCAAGCGAUCGAGAUAAGCGACGAUGAGGAUUUACCUUCGGUGUCCACAAAGAAGACCCAACCAAAAAGUAGGGAGAAGGCUAAACCCAAGGCCACAUCCAAAGCCUGUAAAGUCCUAACAUUGGACAAUAGCUUGGAAAUAGUAGAAACGCCGGCAAUAACUACGAGUUCACGGAGCACCAGAGCCAGGCUGCGCCAGCCAGUGGAGACACCAAAGACAGCGACUCUUUCAACCAAGCGAACGAGGCGCCAGGUUUUGGAAGCACAGGCUCCCGAAACGGAGUCCAUUAGCACACGCACACGGCAUCGGCACUGAUUAGAUAGUAGAGUCUCCUUAGUUCUUAUUUAUUCUUAUCGAAAAUGUCUUGGUAUUUAAAUAUAUAUAUUGUGUGUAAGUGUUACAAAAGAG